UAUCCUCCACAGAAGUAGCUGUCAAAUUUAUCCUAUUACUUUUUUUUAGUUUUGCCAUAAUUCAUUGUUAAGAAUAAAAUUACUACAGCAAAAUGCUGGAUAAUUAUCGAUAACGACAAUAUACAAAAAUAAAAUAAACAUUAUUUAGUAAAUUAUUCAAAGUAAACCACAAAACUGAUUAGUGCAAUGGUUGAGGAAACAACACAAAGCAGCCGGCCGCGCAUGAAGACCGCACGACCCAAGUCGGUGUGUCUAUGGUCGGUAACCGAUGUAAGGAAGUGGUACAUGCGACACUGUGGGGAGUAUCCACAAUAUCUGGAGCUCUUCUCAAAGCACGAAAUUACCGGCCGCGCUCUACUGCGCAUCAACGAUUAUUCACUGCAGAGAAUGGGCAUCAGUGAUAGCGCUGAUCGUGAGGCGAUUUUCCGUGAGAUAUUAAAACAACGACUCAAAACUGAUAUUAUGGAAAUACGUGAUAUGGAACGUGAGAUCAACACCUACUACAAUACAAGAUAAAUAAGCAGAAUUUACUGUGUAUUAGGGAAAUCAUAGACAAAUUAAGUGCACAAUUUUAAGAGGACAACAUUUUGAUACAACAUACAUACAUACAUUCGUAUGUAAAAUGUAGCAGGCUUUACAGCGCAUCCAAACGCACACACACCAAUUUUCAGCUAAGACAACUAAGCUAACAAUGUUAUACGUAUAAAAAAUGUGUCGAUUAGCAUCUAAUAUAGUUAAGUAGUUUAAUGUUAGUGACAAAAUUAUGAAGCAUGGAGCUAUUGUUUACAAAUUUUAUUAAUGCUGCAAAUUGUUGAAAACCAAUGAGCUGCAUUGUUUA